AUGAAACAAAAAACAAUAUUUGUGGGGGAUAUUGUGUCGCCGAAAUCAUUAAAUGAUAUAAAUUGUCGUACAUCAGGAUUUUUAGAAGUGGAAGAUGGAAUAAUUACUGAUAUAGGCACAACCACAGAAUCUAAACCGUUACGGGUCAGUGACAAUACUGAUGUACGUGUGUUAGGUCCUAAUCAAUUUCUAAUGCCAGGAUUCGUAGACUGUCACACCCAUGCACCUCAGUUUCCUAAUAUUGGGCUAGGACUUGACCGGCCAUUGCUUGAAUGGCUCGAUAAGUAUACAUUCCCUUUGGAAAGUCAAUACAGUGAUAAAGAAUUUGCUGCCAGUGUGUAUGAUCAGGUUGUUAGAAGGUUAUUAAAAAAUGGCACGACAACUGCAUGCUAUUUUGGAUCUAUCCACUUAGAAGGCACACUAGAACUUGUAAAUAGUGUAAUAAAGCACAAUCAAAGAGCAUUAGUUGGUAAAGUUAGUAUGAACAUCAAGAAUGAUGCAGGUUAUUUUAAUGAUACAAAAAAGGAAUUAGAAGAGGUUGAGACAUUUGUAAAUAAAGUAUAUAAUUGUAAGAAUGAUUUGGUUCAGCCUAUAGUCACUCCACGAUUUGCAGUCAGCUGUGACAAAGAACUAAUGAAACAGCUGUCACAAAUUGCUAAUAGAUAUCAAUGUGGAAUACAGAGUCAUAUAUCAGAAAAUCAAAAGGAAAUAGAACAUGUUUUGGAAAAAAAUCCAUGUUGCUCUUGUUAUUCAGAUGUAUAUGAGAAAUGUGGCAUUUUUGAUGAAAAGUGUAUAAUGGCGCAUGCAAUUUAUCUGAGUGAAAAAGAGAUGUCAAUAUUUUCACGUAAAGGAAUUAGCAUAGCACACUGCCCCGCCUCAAACACCAGGCUAAAGUCCGGCUUGUGUCCUGUACGGAAACUACUUAAUAAUAAAAUUAAAGUGGGACUUGGUACAGAUGUAUCGGGCGGUGACAAUGCGAGUAUAUUGGACGCUAUACGACGAACAAUGGACGUCUCUGAACAUUUACAUUUACUAGGAGCCGAGGAAUCGGCUUUAAAUUGGAAGGAAGCUCUAUAUUUGGCGACAUUAGGUGGAGCGGAAGCUCUCCAUUUAAACGACAAAAUUGGUAGUUUCGAGAUCGGUAAGCAGUUCGACGCACUGCUCAUAGAUUUGUAUGCAAAAGAUAGCCCUGUUGAUAAGUUCGAUUAUUCUGUGGCAAUAAAUAAAGAAGAGAAUUUACUAGAUAAAGUACAGAGAUUCAUUUACUUGGGAGAUGAUAGAAAUAUUGUGCAGGUUUUUGUUAAGGGCAAGAAAGUGAAAGAUAUAAAUAUGGCCAGCACAAAUGUUGCUUUAUCA